AUGUCGGCCUUGCCCGACCCUCUAGUGAGAAGAAAUCGGGGCUAUCUGGGAAGUGAUAGCUCCGCCUUGUCUGCCCGCGAUAUUCAGGACCGCAGUCAAUUGCGUUAUGAGCUCGACCUCAACUCAUGGAACUUGAGGAUCUGGGGUGUGGCUGCCUCGGGGUUUCUGACAGAUUCCUACAACCUCUUUUCCACAAAUGUCAUCCUUGCCUCAAUAGCGUUUGUAUACUGGCCUUCGCCCGGCGAAAGAUGGCAAGGGUUGCUCAUCAACUUCUUCACUCUGUUGGGUUCUGUGAUUGGACAAUUGCUUUUUGGUUUCCUUGCCGACUUUUAUGGACGAACCCGUCUCUAUGGCAUCGAGCUCGUGCUCGUCGUCGUGUCGACGAUUGGUGUUGCCACCAGUAGCUACGGUUUCGAUGACAUGAGCUUUUUGGGUCUGUUCAUCUGGUGGCGUUUCGUAAUGGGUAUCGGCAUCGGUGCCGAGUAUCCCCUCAGCGCAGUCAUUACCUCGGAGUGGUCAAGCACGCAGUCACGGGGAACCAUGAUCUCUUCUACAUUCAUGAUGCAGCCAAUAGGCCAAGCCCUUGCCCAACUUGUCGGCCUUUGGGUUCUUGUCGGUCGUGACAGGAGCGAGGGCCUACAAGCCAUGCAGUGUGGCCUCGAUACGAAGUUUGAUAGGGAAUGUCGCCGCGCCGUGGAUGGCAUUUGGCGCAUCGUCAUCGGGUCUGGCGCCGUACCCGCCCUCCUAGCCAUCAUCUUUCGAUUCUUUCUGUUCGAUUGUGGACUGUACAGCCUCGAGGUCAGAAACAAGCCCGGUAUAGCCUUGAGAAACACGCAGAGAGUUUACGGCGCUCCUGCUGGCGCGACAGCAGGCUACCCCAUGACCCCACAAGAUGGGAUGCAUGCCACCAACUCGCAGCAACCUAUGCCCAUUCAGUUCUCCAAGCAAGAUUUGCACAAGUAUUUUAUCGAGGAUGGAAAUUGGUACUACUUGCUAGGCACCGCUGCGACGUGGUUUUUCCUCGAUGUAAGCUUUUACGGUCUCAGUCUCGAUAAUAGAGGUACACUUUCGGAUAUGUGGGCGACCACGGGACCGACGCCCAUCGAUGAUCGGCUUCCAUGUUGGAACUCCAAGUUCCCUGACGGAAACGCAACCGCAAGGCUAUGGAGCCAGACAGGCCUUCCAGUCUGGCAGACGGACGCAACUCUACCUUGCAACACCAUUUACGACGUGCUUCUGGAACAGGCUAAACAAUAUUUGUUGACCGUAUCCAUCGCCUCUAUCGCCGGCAGUGCGUGUUUCGUCGUUGCUGCCAACAGGAUUCCCAGGAGGUUGUGGCUAACUGUCUCCUUCUUCGUUCUCGCUAUACUAUUUGUAAUUACGGGCUGUGUAUACUAUGGUGUUCACAGAACCGCGGGAGCGCCGGCCACAGUUGUGUUUGUGGCGUUAUGCCACUUCAUGUUCAACUUUGGGGCAAACACCUUGACGUUCAUCAUCCCAGCCGAGAUCUUCCCAACCUCUUACCGCUGCACUUGCCACGGCAUCUCCGCCGCCGCCGGCAAGCUGGGCAGCAUCGUGGCACUCCUCGUCGUGUACGGCAUCAACUCGUCGUACACCGCCGUCAACCGACAGGGCCUCAUCUUUCUCCUCUUUGGCUCGUUCGUGGCCGUUGGCGCCGUCUUCUCCUGGGCCUAUCUGCCCGACUCGCAGCGGUGGGUCAUUGACGAGAACGGACGUCGCGUGCUGGAGCAGAAGACGCUCGAGGAACUAGGCGAAGGGCGUGAGAGGGCGAGGCAACUGGGAGAAGUGAUUACUGUCAAGGAGAAGUGGCACGAUUUGAAGAGGAGGAGGGCGUCGCCGUCGCCAUCGUAA